AUGGGAUUUCUUAAGGGGUUUGGAGGGAUGCAAAAACGGAUCACUCGAGACGGUCAACCUGCUAAGAGAAGAGGCCCUAAACCAGACAGUAAACCAGCACAAACCCGGCGGCAGGAGCUCAAUCGCCAAGCUCAAAGAACGCACCGGGAACGAAAAGAGAACUAUAUCAAAGCCUUAGAAAUGGAGCUCGCACGUCUACGCGAAGCAUUCGUCUUCGAGCAAAAUACGCGAGACGCAACCAUCCAGCAGCAAAAGUUGAUGAUUGAGAAUCAGCAACGGGAGAACGUGGCAUUGAGAGAAGUCCUCACAUCUCGGGGAAUUGCAUUCGAAAACGAACUGGAGAACCGGAAAGCCAUGCUGGCGCUGAAACCAAAGCGAGAAGAGAAUUCCAUGACCCCUUCGUCAAUGAGUACCUUAAGUCCCCAAUCCGUUGGGCUUAGAUCGGUUGGUUAUGGAACCGUCGUGACAGGACCCGCUUCUGCUACCAGCAGCUAUUCGCCUCAAGCGUAUCUUAAUGGUGGCCCUAUGAGUGUGUCAGGUCAUUCACCUGGAACAACUCAGUACGCCAGUACGCCUCAGGGACCAGAAAUUCAAGAGUUUGCUAUCAAACAGGAAGAAGGACCUACACCGGAUAUGCCGGGCAUCUUCGAAAGGGACCCUCAACUGGGCAUUGAUUUUAUCUUGAAGUUGGAGCAGACUUGUCGUGAUCACGAGGAGUACCUUGUCCGACGGUCGGCGGAUUCACCCGAUAAUGAAGAAGAAGCGCUAUAUUCUGGACAUGCCUUGAUGGCGACCUGCCCACCUCCAAGCCACAUCUCGCGAGUUCCCGCGCAAGAAGGCGGGUUGGUGCCGACGUACGAGCACAAACUGCCAGAUGCCGAGUCAGUACAGAUCCUGAAUAACUUGCUCAAUCUGAGCCAAACGCUUAAAGGCAGCGCUAUUCCCAGCGGCCAAGUGACGCCCAUCAUGGCUUUACAAUCGCUCAAGGGUCACCGGAACUACGCGACUCUCACACGGGAGGACGUCUUGGGGAUGAUUGAGUCCAUCAGAAGCAAAGUCCGAUGCUACGGCUUCGGGGCGGUGAUGGAAGAUUUCGAGCUGCGGGAUGCUCUCUCGAGUAUCUUUGCAACAAAACCAGAGACAUACGACCAACUGGGGACAGAUUACACGGCAGAGAUCGAUGAGAUGUACGCAUGA